AUGAUGAGUUAAUUUGAAUAAACCAAGAAGCAAAGUACAGAAGGUGUCAUUGGAGGAACAGGCUAUGAAAAAGUAGGAUUAUCUUCCUCUUUACCAAGUGGCAACCCCCCAGGUGGCUACAAUGUCGAAGUUAGCUUAGGUCCCCAAGGUAGUUUGGACUUAGACCAAAAAAAGAAAGAAUUUUUCUCCAGCAGAACUUAGGAAUACAGAGCACCGUAUUAAGCCGGUGAACAUAGAAGUACCUUCCAUGCAGAAAACUAGCCAAUCCUGAGACAAGCUCCAGAAGUGAUCAUUCCUAAGGAAUCAAAAAUGACUUAAGCCGAAGGUGCAAUUGGAAGUGCUCUCCACAGUGCUAAGGAAUCCAUACUACAUGGUUAUAAUGCUAUGAAAGAUACUAUUCUAGGAGAGACAGCUGCUCACCAAAAGCAAGACUAAACUCUGCUUAAAGGACAAGGCAUUAACCAGGCACCCAAUGCUAAUUUUAGCAUUCACAGAGAUGAUUGA